UGGAUAACAGGUAAAAUAACUAAACUCACUAUUGAGGAAUAUUGAUAACCGAAGACCUGGCAAUGAAGAAUGGCAAGGUUUGUUCUUUUGGCAGUCCUGUCGUUGUUAUGCGUUCUGUGUUGUCGUCCAGUUAAUUUACGUCCAGUCCCAUACCAACUCGAAAUGGGCGAUCCUUUCUAUGUUCCCGUGCCAGAAUUACUUCCGGGUGGGCGUGGCGUCAAUUAUUUGUCACAUCAAACCGAGGUUCUUGGUGACGAAAUGAGUUCCAGGAUAACCGAAAAAGGCCAGGAAGUGUCAAACUUAGGGGACGAAAUACAACGCUACACUGAUGAUCAAAGCCAACAAAUCGAAGACAUUGGACGGGAGGUAGACGCAGAUGAGACGAUACCAUUCCCUGCAAGUCAGGUAGAAGAGGGUUUCCCGGAUGAAGAACAGGACAAGGAAGAUGGCAAUGGCUACAAUUUCUGGCCCUCAGAAGAAAGAUAAAGACCUGAAUUUCUGUUGGUGCUGCCCGUACGUGACAAAAUAAAGUAACAGGAUCGUGCUUUGUGUUUAGCCAGAAUCAACUUCGACCUUAGCUCGAUCAUUCCUCAACUUGCAAAAUUUUUAAAAAAAGCUUGAAGUUUUGUCUGAAAACAAAACUACCACGCAUAAAAUUAACUAAUUACUUUUGAUAGCGCUCGGAUUAAUUUUCUGUGAAAACUUUUCUCUAUUCUUCUCUUAUUUAGUAGGUGUUGCAAAAGAAGACGCUUCACGAUAUCCUAUCCAAAAAGAAUUGUCUGUACAGAUUUAACAUAGAUUCAAGUCCAUUCCUACUAGUAUAAGUUUUUUGUACCAAUAUGGCGGAAAUAAUAUGCGUUUUGGUGUUUUAUGGCAGAAUCAUGUUAGUCUGAUCUAAUUGUUCUGCCGGAUUUUCUGUGUAAAGAGCCUUGUGGUGUUGAAGAGCGAGAUAACUGGUUGGCAUCGUAGCCACCAUUGCGCACGUUGUGCGGACCUGUGUAUGACGUAACGUGUUUGCUUCACCUGUCAUGAAGCAUGUGCGUUGUCUUUGAUUUGCGAUCCGCCAUGUUGUUGUUUUUGAAGAACAUAGGACAUUUGUACUUGGAACGAAACAGUCGGUAAGGGUUGCAUUCGUUUAAUUUCGCUCCUUUGGUUCCCGUACUUAGUUAGUUCCUUUUGAUGUCUGUAGAAAACCUGGACUAGAUGAACCUAAAUCGCUAAAAUUGGGCUGAUCGAAAUGCUUGUCGCAGUACUUUAGCUCGUGGAUGUUUGGAUUUGCAAGUGGAUUUAUUAAAGUUAAACUAAAGGUUCUGAGUUUUCGACGUUUGUUUACAUGCAACAUAAUACGUAGCACCUGGGCUUCGUAACAGGCAUGUAUGUUAUCAUUUUUGUAGUAGGAAACAUUGCUUUAAUGACGAACAAAUGUAAGGUAACGACUUUUGAAAGAACUGGUCUAACACCACCAUUUCAUGUACAUGUAAUGUGUGAUUCCAAUAAUUUUAUAAUGAAAAUGGAACAAUACGUUCUGUGUCGUAUUGCGUCAGUAAAAAAAGGAUUAUUGCUCUGUUAUGCAAAACAGAUAAAAGUACAAUCUUAAGACUUUUGAGGCAGAAUCUACGGUGUUCCGCCAAUAAAGACUGAAACAAUUUGCGAGUACCUAGCAAAAUUUACAGCAUUGCCUAAUGGGAAUCCGCAACGUCAGCUUAACAAGAUAUGAAGG